ACCAGAAAGUUUCCCCAAGACGUAAAGGUUAUGUCAAAUUCGCGUGCACGAUGUGAAGUGAUGUAAAUUACGCAGAAAACUCAUGAUAAUUGCAGUUAUUGCAGUUAAACGUGCUUCGUUCUGAGAGAAAAAAAGGCAGCACAAUGUCUUUACGUUCAUAUUUACUUUUGAGGGGAAUUUGCAAAACACAUGGCAGAAAAUUUGGCACAGCUGUCAAGGUGAAAGAUGAACAAGCUGCUCAAGUGUGUUCAUUUCGUACAACAGAAAGCAAUCCAGUUAAUCACAAUGCAGAUCACAUUGCUAGAUUCUAUUCAAUGCCAACGGACAUUCAGCAGCAACUUUUUUUGCACAGUGGUUUCCCUCGUUUAUUUGCAAAGCAAGUCACCACUUUCCAAGAAUGUGCAAUAUUAAUCAGACAACCUGCUAUUGAAAUUAUAUCUUACCUUGGUCAAGCAGAUUAUACAAGACCAGUCAAUAAAUAUGUGUUAUAUGGGAAAAAUGGAACAGGAAAAAGUAUUAUAUUGAGUCACAUAUUACAUUAUGCCCUCGUACAGAAAUAUGUACUUGUUCACGUACAUUGGGCUGCACAUUGGUUCAAAGACAUGAAGGAAGUAGCGAAUUCUGUAUUAUCCCCAGGCUGUAUGGAUCUGCCAAUUGACGCUGGAAUGUGGUUGAAACAUUUCAAGACUCAAAACUCAAAUUUACUUUCACAAUUAGAUCUCAAAACAACUAAGGAUUAUACAUGGAAUCAACGCGAAAUGACCUCUCAAGGUACUCCUAUCUUAGAAUUCAUCGAUUUUGGCAUAAACCGCAUGAAGUAUGCUUGUGGCGUGGUGGACGCAUUGAUACGGGAACUGAAACUCGCCAGUACAGCAGGAAAGUGCAAGACAAUGGUCGUAAUUGAUGGAUUUAACGCGUUUACUUCGAAUCAUACGCGCAUAUAUGAUGACAACAAGGUGAUGGUUUUGCCUAAGCAAGUCACGCUGGCGAGACCGUUCCUUGAUUUAACGAAAGACGAUUGGUGUAAUGGUGCAGUUGUAUUAACAGUAGACGCAAGGGCGAAUAAGGAACGACGAGAAUCCCAUCUUCCCAGAUAUUUGCUUGGCAAAGAGGGUUUUGAGCAUUUGGAUCCCUUCAUACCUGUUUUAGUUGAAAAUUACAACAUCGCGGAAUUCGACAGUAUGAUAGAAUACUAUAAGGAUCGCAAAUGGAUUAGAAAUAUCACACCCAGUGGUCAAAAAGAAUUAGAAUUAAUAUCAAAUAAAAAUCCAUUGGCCUUGUUGGAGCAAUGUAAAUUCAUGUAAAAUUGAACAUUGAAAUAUUUAUAAUAAAAUUUUGAAGCUCUUAGCA